AUGGCGUUUUUCUCUUCAACAACAGCACCAUCGAACUCUCCUCUUCUUCGAUUACCAAACAGUACUACGAAAACUCUCUCUUUCUCUUCAUCUCCACAUUCUCUCUCUUUCCGAUUCUCCACCUCAAACCUCAACCGUCGGAAUCCUUCUCUCUCCCUUCGAUCAACUUCAUCGCCAGCUGCACCGCCGGCGGAGGGGGUGGCGCCGGCGAUAUCGGUGACGGAGAAUGCGUUGAAGCAUCUGAAUAGGAUGAAAAACGAUAGAAGUGAAGAUUUGUGCUUAAGAAUUGGGGUUAAACAAGGUGGAUGCUCUGGUAUGUCUUACACAAUGGAUUUUGAGAAUCGAGCCAAUGCUAGACCGGAUGAUUCUAUCAUUGAAUGUAACGGAUUUGUAAUUGGAUUGCAUGGGACAAUUAUAAGAAUCAGCUCAAUACUUUUGAGUUACUGUCGACAAUCAAAUGAUGUGAUUCUUUAUGAAGAGGUAGAUAAGCUUAUCAAGGUGGAUGGUUAUAAUUGUUUCAUAUGGGGAAUAAAGGCAAGUUCAGGUUCUAUCAAACCAACCAGUGUUUCUAGGAGGAUUAAAACACCAGAAGUGUGGACUGCCGAAGCUAAUGAUAGAGGCAAGAACACUUUCCAGCCAAAGGCGUCUCUCACUUCCUCGUUCAUGAUAGGGAAGGACAAGAAUUGUGGAGCCAAACCUGAUCUGACUUCCAUUAACAGAGUAAUUAGAUCUCAAUCUGCUGUCACACGAUGGCAGCCUGCCGAUGUGACAAUGCAAGAAGCUUGCAGAGUUUUCAAACUACUCUACUCCGCUUAUGUGAAGCAGGAUUAUGCUUUUUGUGAUCCGAAGAGCCUCCUCUUCAUAUUUGGGAUGCAAUUGGAUUAUAGUGAUGCUCUUAUUGGUGGAGGUUUCUCUUUCAAGAACCCAAAUGCUACAAAGACGUGUGGUUGUGGUAAAUCCUUUGCAGCAUAG